GGCGUCAGCCAAUGGGAGCGACGAGUAGCCGGCCCCUGCCAUGACAACGCUUCCAUCACUUCCGGGCUGAGUGCUACGGCGGCGCGAGUCAGCGACCGCAAUAUACAACGACCCAGAAGAAAGCACAACCAUCGCUCUAUAUUUGCCGCGUCUUGCUCUUCUACAACAUUUUUUCGCCAUUUUAAAUGGGACGCUGUGAGUCUGACUGAAGCAACUGCGUCAGCGUGGAAGAAUAAGGGAGAGCACAUCCUUAUACCCAGGAGGCAUUGUACCCCGUCAGAGCAGAAAGCUGGAGUGGGAAAAGGAAAUGGAACAGGAAAUUGCCCUCUCAGCCAGCAGGUUUGACAAAAGGCAGUAGAAAGGUCAAGAAGUACCAUCUAUACCAUAGAGCACUUCAAGAACCAGAAGAAGCCAGCAAGACCUUCAGAAAAAGAGGAAUACUAUCAAGUGCUUGGAGGAAAGUAAAGAACAACACAAAGAUGAAGUUGAAGGAGGACAUGUCUCCUCUCCUGCUGCAGGUCUUUCGAUCGGUCGUCUGGGUUUAUUCCGUCAUCACGUUCCUGCCCUGGUACCUGCUCUCCGGAGCAAGCGGGAACCUGGCCCGUGCUAAAAGGGUCAAAGCGCGCCCAGUAAGCGGGAAUCCGGCAGGGCCAUACCGGGCCGUGAACAGCCAGCAGAGGUUGGCGUCCUUGCUGCACGAGGGUGUGGAUACUUUAGAUAAAGUGUUUGAAUAUGCUGUAGUACACUUUCCUGAAAGAGACUGCCUAGGCACAAGAGAGGUUCUGAGCGAGGAGGAUGAGAUACAGCCUAACGGCAAGGUCUUUAAGAAGGUGAUAUUGGGUGAUUAUAACUGGUUGUCGUAUGAAGAAACUUUCCAUCUGUCUCAGAGGUUUGGUAGCGGGCUGGCCGCUCUGGGUCAGAAGCCUCUUUGUAACAUCGCCAUUUUCUGCGAGACUCGAGCUGAGUGGAUCAUAGCAGCUCAGGCAUGCUUCAUGUACAACUUCCCCUUGGUGACUCUGUACUCUACAUUGGGCGGCGCAGCUAUAGCACAUGGUCUAAAUGAGACUGAGGUCACGCACAUCAUCACAAGCAAAGAUCUGCUGCAGAGCCGCCUCAAGGCCAUUCUCAUGGAUGUGCCCAGACUGAAGCACAUAAUUUUGGUUGAUAUAAAGACCACCAGUUGGCCUGAUCUCCCUAGAGGCAUCCUGGUCCACAACAUGGGUGCAGUGCAAGAACUGGGGGCCAAAACUGAAAAUGUAAUGGUGUCCCGCAGACAGCCUGUCCCGUCUGAUAUCGCAGUGAUCAUGUACACCAGCGGCUCUACAGGCAUUCCUAAAGGAGUCAUGAUCUCCCAUAGCAACAUCAUCGCUGGCAUCACCGGCAUGGCUGAACGCAUUCCUAACCUGAAUGAGAAUGACACCUAUAUUGGCUACCUGCCACUUGCUCAUGUCCUGGAACUCAGCGCUGAGCUGGUGUGUGUGUCACAUGGCUGCCGGAUUGGAUAUUCGUCACCCCAGACUCUUGCUGACCAGUCAUCUAAAAUAAAAAAAGGCAGUAAAGGGGACACCAGCAUGCUCAGACCAACACUGAUGGCAGCGGUACCUGAGAUUAUGGACCGUAUCUAUAAGAAUGUAAUGACUAAAGUUGAAGAGAUGAGCAGUGUGCAGAAAACUCUCUUUGUUCUGGCGUACAACUACAAGAUGGAGCAGAUCUCUAAAGGAUACGGCACGCCUCUCUGUGACAGGCUUGUGUUCAAGAAGGUUCGCUCGUUGCUUGGCGGUAACACGCGUGUGCUGUUGUCUGGCGGAGCUCCUUUAUCCGCAGCUACUCAGCGUUUCAUGAACAUCUGUUUCUGCUGUCCUGUGGGACAGGGCUAUGGCCUCACCGAGACCUGCGGAGCCGGGACCAUCAGCGAGUUUUCUGAUUACAGCACCGGUCGUGUUGGAGCUCCUCUGGUGUGUUCAGAGAUCAUGCUGAAGGACUGGGAGGAAGGUGGUUAUUUCAGCACAGAUAAACCAAACCCACGAGGAGAGAUUCUGAUUGGCGGUCCCAACGUCACCAUGGGUUACUAUAAAAAUGAGCAGAAGAACCGAGAAGACUUCUUUGUGGAUGCGAACGGCCAGCGUUGGUUCUGUACCGGAGACAUUGGAGAGUUUCACCCUGACGGCUGCCUCAAGAUUAUCGAUCGUAAGAAGGACCUGGUGAAGUUGCAAGCUGGUGAAUAUGUGUCUUUGGGCAAAGUGGAGGCUGUGCUCAAAAACUGUGCGUUCAUCGACAACAUCUGUGCUUAUGCCAACAGUGAUGAGUCUUAUGUGAUUGGGUUUGUGGUGCCCAAUCAGAAGCAGUUAACCACCCUUGCUGCGCAGAGGGGCAUCAGAGGAUCAUGGGAAGAGAUCUGCAACCACCCAGAGAUGGAGAAAGAGGUUCUACGUAUCAUCACCGAUGCGGCUAUAACAGGUAAGCUGGAGCGCUUUGAGAUCCCAAAGAAAAUCCGUCUGAGCGCCGAACCCUGGACGCCCGAGACGGGCCUGGUUACCGACGCCUUCAAACUCAAACGCAAGGAACUAAAAACGCAUUAUCAGGACGAUAUUGAGAGGAUGUACGGCGGCAAGUGAAUAAAACCAGGCGUCAGCCGGCGGUGUGAUGUGGGGGGGGAAGGGGUUUAGGACACACCAUGCCACAAUGCCUAUAUACGAAAAAAAAAAAAACAACCCACAAUCCUCUGCCUUCCUGCUUCCUGUGAUGUUCUGCGAUCAAAACGGGGACACACUUGAAUUUUGGUUAUGGUUUGAUGAGAGGGAACGGAGCGAAAGCGAACGCCACCUGCUGAAGCAGGUACUAAAUGUACUUUUCUCAGAUGAUUCACAAGAGUGACUCCUGGAAAAGACACAAUACAACCUACAGACUGUGAGACUUUUGGACCCCACCCACUUCUCUUCCUUUUCUCUCAUUGGCUCUCUUUGGUAGACCCACCCCCUUACAUUAUCCUGUAGGCAGAUGCACUUGAUGAUUCCACCCUACUGCGAAGCGGUCACACUGAAUUCUCAUCUUGAGUCUAUGCAGGGAAACGUUUUACAAUUUGGCGGUAUUUUUUGUUGCUUAUUUCUUUGUUAGCUUUGACCCAUUUGUUCAGACUUCAUUUUUUUGGGGGGAUGUUUGAGGACUGAUUUGUGAGCCGUGCGAGAUUUGGAUGUGUGUGGAAUGUUUCUCUAAAUGUAUCUGUUACAAUGUUACUUUUUCUCAAAAUGGAAUCUUGGCAUGUGUACUUGACAUUUUGUUACUUUGAACCUCGGCUUCUGUUGUUUACUUGUAUCCAAAGGCUGUUAUUGUUGCCCUGUAUGAAAUUAAUGAUGCUAGCGCACAUUGAGAACUGUGUACCUAGAAAGAGCUGAAGAAAAUCCUAACAAUCCAGACCAGGAGAGACCUUUAUUACACCAGAUAGCUGUUCUAAUGCGACAAAAGCAGUUUUAAUGCUGCAAAGAGAGCAGUCUUAAGCCAGAGAUGUGCUCUAAUACCACAGAAAGCUAUGCGAGUCAGGAAAACUUUAACAUUAAUCCAAUUUCACUCGCAUACAUCAUCCAAAUUUUGUGUUUCUAUGUCAGUGAGUUGGCGUCCACCCAAGUGUAUGCUCCGCAUUCAAUAUCUGGUCUGCAUCCGAACAAUUCACUCCUCGUACCGCUCUGCUCUCCCACGUUCCUUUACUCAUCUCUACAGGGUUUGCCUAAGGAUCACACAAAAUGUAUGACUCCAUACUUGCAGCGUAUAUUCCUUUGAACUCAUUUUUUUGUCUGAAUUUGUAAAGCCUUUAACCUUAUUCCUUUUAUACAGUGUGAUGUCAGCCAUUGUGUUGCAUGGAUGUUUUGCAAGGGAGCCAAGUGUUGAAGUGGAGUAGUUUGGGUAACAUUUGUUUUCUUAAAUGGCCAUUUUUUAUUAUAUUGUGAUAUUGUCAUCCUAUGAAAUGAUUAGUGACUUCAACAAAGUGGAGGCGUAUGAAUUUGAAUGUGCAAUAGACUUGUGUAUUUGGAGUAUACAUCGUAUGAUACGCACAGUUUGGGCGCAAGAGCAUGAAUGUCUCCAGCCUCUUCGAUGUAACGGAAGAGACGCGUAUAUUCUGCUUCAGACUGUAACACGAUUCCAGAACUGAUGCAUUAUGAUUCGCAUUUGCAUGAUUCAGGAGAUGUAAACCAAACAAGCUUCGAAUAAGAACAUAUUGUAUCUCGGACAUUGACAAAUGUGGCAUUUGCAAAUACGGGGCAAAUGUUUCUAAAUCUGUACAUUUAUUCAUUAUUUAUGUGAAAAUGUACUAUAUUUGUUGAUUUUCAGCACUUAACAUUUCUUUUUUUUUUCUUUUAUGGUUUUUAUAUGAGAUGUUUUCUGGAUUCACUUAAUCUUUAGUUGUAGAAACACUCCAGCUUUACCGUCACAACAUGAUGCUCUUUACUGAAAGUACUUUUCUUUUAUUAUUGUUAUUAUUUUUGUUUGUCCUAAAAGGAACUGAAAGCAAAUGGUGUUCCUAAACUAGACAAGUCUGCCUUUCCUGAGCUCGAUGGAGGAUGUUGAUUGCCUUUUUUUACACAGUGGAAAUUAAAAGUGGUUUAUAGGAAUUUAUACUUUUGAUUAAUUUAUUUUUGUCUUCAAAUUCAGGGAGUGACUCAUCUCCUCUUAGAGCUGCUGUACUGCUCACCUUGAUUGUGCUUCAUUUACAUCCUGCAAUGUCAUUGGUUCCAGCCACAAGCAGCUGGCCAAUCAGCAGUUAGUCCAGAGAGAACUCCACCUUAUUUCCAUAAUCUGAUUGGUGUAUUCAUCUGUCAGUCAUGCCCUUGGCAACAACUAACCCAAAUGAAUCACAGCCCGUUAUACGCUGAUGCCAUCAACAUUACCCACAUCCUAAUUGACAUUCUUGAAGUCCUUGAUUCAGAAUGACGUUUAAUGUCUGCACACAGAUUUAUUGAGCAUUUUAGACACACAAGGAGGAUGUUAGGUGGAUUCAUUCUCUCUCCUUCUGUUGUACGCUCUGUAAAUAUGACUUUUAAGUCAGAAAUUCAAUUGCAUUUAGCAGAUGUACAGAUGUAAUACCUCCUUUAAAUAUGUUUAGUCACUUACUGACCGGGUUUGGGGUCUUUUCUCCUCUGUGUUGGUGGUUACUGUCUUACAACAAGCAGGUCAUAGCAAACAACUCCAAUAUUUAUUUGUAAUUUGGCCAUGAAACUAUGUUAUACGGAAUAAAGUUUCGUGAAUUACGA